GACGUCUGUCUACAACCACGACAAUAAUAGAUGGUAAGAACGGAUCCGUUCCCUUAUCAUCCACGAAAGUGGGCAAGAAAUCAGUUAUGGAAGACCUCAUGACGACAUUCAGCUCACCAGCAGCAUGGCUUCUUGUUCUUGCUCUGAUUGUUACCUGGUCAGCAGUAGCUAUUGUAAUGUUUGACUUGGUGGAUUACAAAGCCUUUGCAGCCACCUAUUCACAACAUUGCGAUGAUCCCUGUUUACCACCUGGAAGAUCUGUUAACAAGCUCAGCACAGAACCACUGAGAAUCAUUCAUGAGACAUUGGAAGAAUCCACUGAUUGGCUUUAUGGCUUUAUUUCUUUACUGUCUGACAUCGUAUGGAGUGAUGAUGAUGAUGGUGAUGAAGGUGACGUGGAACCUCCCCUCAAAAAAGAAAUUCAUAAACAGAAACUGGAAAGACAUGAAAAACGAACACCACCAAAGGUAAUUCACAGAGACAAACCUGAAAAACAAGAAAAAAUUGAGAAGAAGGAACCCCUAAAGGUGACACAUAAAGACAAACUGGAAAGACAAGAAAAACCUGAAAAAAAGGAAAGGCAUGCAGCUAUUCACAAAGAGAAACCUGAAAAGCCAGAAAAACAUGAAAAGAAAGCACCUUCUAAAGUAAUUCAAAAAGGCAAACCUGAAAGACAUGAAAAAGCUGAAAAGAAACCUCCUCCCAAAGAGGAGAAGAAAGUAAAGAGCACUAAAGUGGAAACAAAAGUUAAAAAGGAAGUGAAGGACAGAAAAGCAGAAGCAAAGACGACUGAGAAGGUCAAGCAGGCAGAGACUAAAACAACAGAAGUUGGGCUAAUAAAGGCCAAACCGAAAGUUAAGGAGGAGAAAGCUCUUCAGACUGUAACUAAAUCGGAAAAAAAAGAUCAAUAUGCAUUCUGUCGCUAUGUGAUUGACAUGUUUGCGCAAGGGGAUUUUUAUCCAGGACACAAGGAAAUGGCACCACCUCGUCUUCUUCUAGAACAUAGUCCAAGAAAGAAACCAGCAGCUAUUGAAGAGAGAAAAGAGGAAAAGAAAAAGACUGAUGUAAAGACAGCUACAACUGAAACUAAGAAGAAAGAAAAAGAAGGAAAAAAAGAGAAAACUCAUGAGAAGAUAGCUGUCCCUGAAAUUAAAAAAGCAGAUAAGAAAGAAGCUGCUGUGUCCAAAGAACUCAAAAAGCCAGCAAAAGCUCCUGCAGUCAAACCAGCCAUCAAAAAAGCAGCAACACCAGAAAAACCAAUUGAGAAGAAACAUCUGAAAGACGAAAAAACCAAAGGUAAUAAAGGGAUGAAAAUCUCUGCAAAGAACAAUGAAAAUGCAAAUGUUAGUUUUCUUCAUAGGAUUGGAAAAAGGAGCUUUGUUAGUCUUUCUAAACACGUGCAAAUCCUCAAAGCAAAAUUAGUAAUCUUUGAACAAUCAUGGCAACUGGGAGAGGUGCCUGAGGACUGGCAGAAAGCAAAUGUUGCUCCUGCCUUCAAAAAGGACAAGAAGCAGGACCCAGGGAACUACAGGCCGAUCAGCCUCACCUCGAUCCCUGGGAAGGUAAUGGAGCAGGUAAUCCUGGAAACCAUUGCCAAGCACAUGAAGGACAAGAAGUUGAUCAGGAAUAGUCAGCAUGGAUUCACAAAGGGAAAGUCAUGCUUGACCAACCUGCUAACCUUCUAUGAUGAAAUGAGUGUCUCAGUAGACCAGGGGAGAACAGUGGCUAUUGUCUGCCUUGACAUCAGUAAGGCUUUUGGUACUGUCUCCCAUAGGAUCCUCAUCGAGAAGCUGAUGAAGUAUGGGGUAGAUGAGCAGACAGUGAGGUGGACUGAAAACUGGCUGAACUGCCAGGCCCAGAGGCUGGUGAUCAGUGUCAGGAAGUCUGUUUGGAGGCUGGCAACUAGCAGGGUAACUCAGGGGUCAGUAUACGUUCCGUUUGUCAUCUUCAUUAAUGAUCUGGAUGACGUGGCAGAGUGUACCCCCAGUAAGUUUGUAGAUGACACAAAACUGGAGCAAAUGGCUGAUACGCAGAGGGCCGUGUUGCCAUCCAGAGGGACCUCAAUAGGCUGGGUUCUUCUGCUGAAGAAUUGA